AUGGAUCCUAGAGCUGGCCAGCAUCCUGGCGGUAGGGAAGAUGAUCCUUUGGCCUACGGAGACUAUCCUGGAUCUUCAGGCAGCAGACUCCGGGAGGAAGGGGAGUACGAUGAAGGAGCAGAGGGAGAGCGAGGCCUGAUCGGAGACACUUAUCGAAAAGUACGAGACAAAUAUAUGCCUCAGCACGAUGGCAGCAGCCAGUCAAACCCAUCUGGCGGUCUAGGGUCUUUCCUUUUUGGCAAGCUUCAGAAAACGGUCCAAGACAUCGGCUCUGGAAUCGAUCAGAAGCUCGGUGGAACAGGUCCCAAGCAUAGCCAUACUCAUGCAGGCGCUCAGUGCGACAAUGGGAUGCACAACACUAGCCAACAUCGUUACGGCAGCUUUGCAGCUCAAAGAACUGGCAACGACGCAAAGUGGUAUGUCGAUGGUUGUGGUUACAUGUGGGCCGUGUCUAGAGCUCUGGAGCAAGCGACAGAGUCCAUAUGGAUCCUGGACUGGUGGCUGUCACCAGAGCUCUACCUGCGGAGACCUCCUUCCAAAAAUGAGCAGUAUCGCCUUGACCGCAUGUUACAAGCAGCCGCUCAACGUGGUGUCAAGGUCAACGUUAUUGUUUACAAGGAGGUGACGCAGGCUCUAACGCGUAAGUACCUUUCUCCAACCUUGCCAGACUAUUUGCACUCCCUUCUACCAAGAAACACCGAUCCUAUAACUCGAGCGCUCAGUGGCAUGGGUCUUGCCGCUACCUUUCUGUCCCUCGAACACGUGGAGAGGGAGAAUCCGCUGAUGGCCCCUCCUUCGACAGUCUGCUCGUAUCACACCAAGCAUGCACUGGAGGACCUUCAUCCCAACAUAGCGGUCUUCCGACAUCCUGAUCAUCUCCCCGAUGCCCAGACUCUCCAGUCUUCUUUCUUCUCCUCUUUGCAGCACCUAUCUCUAAGCGCCAAGACUGCUUCUCAGCUACCUGAAGAUGCCUUGAAGGCCAUCUAUGGUAUGAACGAAGAUGUCGUCCUUUAUUGGGCACAUCACGAGAAGCUGUGUCUCAUCGACGGCAAGAUUGCUUUCAUGGGCGGGCUGGAUCUAUGCUAUGGAAGAUGGGACACGAAUCAGCACCCGAUCGCUGAUUGUCACCCUUCCAAUCUUGAUGAAAUUGUGUUCCCGGGGCAGGACUACAACAACGCUAGGAUCAUGGACUUCCAAGAUGUCUCGCAUUACCAAGACAACAAGCUAGACCGCAGAGACAGCUCAAGAAUGGGCUGGUCAGACAUCUCAAUCAGUCUGAGUGGCCCUGUUGUGGAAGACCUUCGAGCCCAUUUCGUAGAACGGUGGAACUUCAUUUAUAACGAGAAAUACGACGUCCGGAAAGAUACGAGAUAUUCAAGGCUCACUUUUACCCAGAAUGCGGCGGGGACAGUGCCUCAUCAAGCUUCUCAGGCACUUCCACCAGCCUCUCAGCCAUACCUGCCUUACCAACCACAGUCGGUUGGGUACCAGAACGUAGGCUCAUCUCAGGGUAAUGGAGGCUACCCUCCUCCAUCCCAAGGGCGUCCUCCGCAAGCGUACGGGCAAUAUGGUGGGCAAUCAGCCAACCCCACUGGAGUAGCUCAAGAGCAGGUUCCGUACUUCCCACCACCUCCUGUCUCCAGCCGUGAUAUCGGUGGUCAGAGCUCUGACGAAGAAGACGCGGCCCGUGGAAUGGGCGAAUAUAUGGCAACACCAGGCGGUCAUCACCAGCAUCGCGAGCGUUUCGAAGAAAAGGCGGAAACUUUACAAGAAAACAUGAUGGGAAGGUUUGAAGCCGGCCGGCAAUACAUGAGCGGCAACGAGCACUAUAGCAAGCUACAUGGUCACACCCAAGACGCAGGCAUAUCCUGCCAGAUCGUCAGAAGCUGUACCAAAUGGAGUCAUGGCAUAUCCACCGAACAUUCAGUCGCAAACGCCUAUAUCAGCAUUAUCGAGAACAGUCGCUAUUUCAUAUACAUUGAGAAUCAAUUUUUCAUCACAGCAUGCACCGACGCUCAGAAGCCCGUAAAGAAUAAGAUCGGCGCAGCGAUUGUGGAGCGAAUUCUACGUGCAGCAAGGGCUGGCGAGAAGUACAAGAUUAUUGUGAUUAUCCCUUCCGUCCCAGGCUUUGCCGGAGAUCUCAAAGACGACGCCAGUCUCGGAACUCGGGCCAUCAUGGAGUUUCAAUACAAUGCCAUUAAUCGUGGUGGACACAGUAUCAUGGAGAUGGUUGCCAAGGAAGGAUACGACCCUACCGAAUACAUUCGUUUCUACAAUUUAAGGAACUACGACCGCCUUAAUGUUGGCGAACCAAUGAAGAAUGCUGAGAACAAGAGUGGCGUGAAUUACGAAGAUGCCCGGUACGAGCAUGAUGCCGCUGUAGAAUUGCCUGCCGGAGAUCGAAGCGCGCAGUACGCAGGUCGUCAAAAGUAUCAGCAAUAUCAACAAGCAACGACGAAUAUGAACAAGCAGCAAGGACUCUACACCGGAGACUGGGAUUCAGUUUCUGAAUGCUACAUGCUUGGCGGUAGAGACAUCCGUGAUGUGCCUUGGGAGAACGGGAAUAUUCCAGAAAUUCAAGCCUUUGUCAGCGAGGAGCUGUAUAUCCAUUCGAAGGUACUCAUUGCCGACGAUCGCAUUGUCAUUUGCGGCUCUGCCAACCUCAACGAUCGCUCACAACUUGGGGAUCAUGACUCUGAGAUUGCAUGCAUCAUCGAAGACCCUAUUUCCGUUGACUCUUAUAUGGAUGGCAAGCCCCACCGAGCAGCAAAAUUCGCGGCCACGCUUCGACGACAAUUAUUCAGGAAGCACUUGGGUCUACUUGCGCCGCAGAACAUGGAGAAGCCGAAUCAGAAUUUCGAGCCGAUUGGCGUUCCCAACAUUUACGACUACGGUUCGCGCGAGGAUCAGGCGGUGGUGGACCCAUUGUCAGACAGCUUCUUAAACCUAUGGAAUAGUCGUGCCCAGACCAAUAGCGAUGCAUUCGGCAGAAUCUUUCACCCUGUCCCGCACGACGGUGUAUUGACGUGGAGCGAUUACAACGCGUUCUACGAAGUCUUCUUCAAGGACUCAGACGAAAAUGCUGUAGGCAAAGACUUGAAGAAGCCCGCGAAGUACAAGUGGGGCCAUGUUGUUGAGUCGAACUUUUCGCCUGGGGAAAGAGGUACGAGGGAAGUCAAGGACUUGUUGAGUACCAUCAAGGGUACGCUGGUCGAAAUGCCGUUGCUGUUCUUGAUCAAGGAGGACAUCGCGAAAGAGGGAAUCUCGCUGAAUGCUUUCACUGAGGAGGUGUACACCUAG